AUGAAACUGGCUACUCCUAGCUUGACCAAUAAUGCCACCAAACCCCAACUAGAGGCCCCUGAACGGAAUGAGAAUUUAAGAGCGAAGCACGUCGGUGACCCAGACUGCCUAAGAGUACCCCAAAAUUCCCACGCAUCGCUCUCGUCCUGCCUCAAAGGUCCAGACGACGAUGGUGGUGGCGACGACGAUCUUCCUCAGACCUAUCAUAUAAUUGAUUGGGUCAACAAGGUCGAGGAGUACCUGCCAAAGUCGGAACAGGGUCAGGCGGCUUCUUCCAAUGGUGUUGAGGAACAAGUUUCUCUCAAUGGUGGAGGCUCAGACGGAACUGAAAACUGCCCGUGUGUUAGGGAAAACGACAAGUUUCUUACCUUGGCCAUCAAUCUCAUUGCCUCGUACCAAGCCUUGUCCCAAGACCCUGAAAUCCUGAAGAGUUUCGGCCAAAGGUUCAAAAACAACGAACUGUGUGUGGUCAUUGAACACAUUUUUGGACUUCUCGAAGGCAGAGAAGUAUCUCCUGGCCAAGUCUUUCGAGAUUUCCAGGCUUCAAAGCCAACAAUGCUGACCAGCGAGGGCCUGAUGCUCCAUCCAUCGAGAUUAGACAUCAAGCAACUCGGCAACAAACCGAUGCAACUCCCGCCACUACCUCCACUUCCUCCUGAUCAGAAAUGGGAUUUAUUGAUAUCGGCAGGUGUGUUUUUGGGUAAACUCGGCCUCUAUGCAGUUCAGGAUGAAUCGCCUAUUGAGGUCAUCUACAAAGCUGCUGCUGCUUGCAGCAACAUCGACAAGACGAUGGGAAGCUACAAUAUCACCACUCACAAUGGACCCAGGGACAAACAUUCCUGGCACACGUAG